AUGGCAAAUUUCGAUAACGGUUGUGAUUACGCAUGCAUGAAUGAUGUCACAGUUACAACACCUUUUUUUGUUGAAUAUCGUUCCUUCACGUCGUUGUCUUCUCUUGCCUCGCCGCUCUCGCGAAAACAUUUCGGCUCGCUCGACGAGGGAUGUGCUCAAAAUUCUUGUUUUUUUCCAGCGCUGAUUGCUUAUCUCGAGCCGACAGCCAUUGCCACACUUGUGCUGUUCAUCGCAUGCAUACAGCUCGUUCGCUUGGAUGGCCGGUGUUCGUAUUACACAGAAAGGGAGAGCGAGAUUGAAUGGAGCGAUAAAAAAAAUCGUCGCUUCUCGAGGCUUUCAUUUUGCAGCGCGAUUUCCCCCCAGAACAAAGCAAAUCAGUGCUCAGAAGCUCUUGGUUUCGAGAAAUCAGUUUUGUGA